AUGACCGAGUUUAUAAGUUUACUUUAUACAUACAGCGACUUAGAUAAUUUUAUAAAGAACUUAAGCUGUGGUUUAACCGAUUUAUUGGUCACUGGAAAAGUUGUAUUUUGGUAUGUCAACAUGAAUAAACUGCAAGGGAUUAUAAAAAGAUUGGAGAAAGAUCAAUUUAAAUACGAUAGAUGUGAAGAUUUUAACCCGAAGGAGAUUUUUUACAGCUACAAAAUUUUCGGGGUUAAAACAGCAGGGACCUUUUUAAUUGUUUGUUGCUUGACUUGGUGCGCUUCGUACUUACCUCCGAUAUUUUCGACUCUAAAAGUACUCAACACAAAUGAUGAAUUUGAACCUCAACCGCUCCCAUUUUACUCCUGGAUCCCUUUUAGUUAUGACACCCCUAAAAUGUAUUUGGUAGCUCUAAUAUACCAGGCUGUCGCCAUGCUUUCAACGGCUCAAAAUAUUGUUGGGCUGGAUUCGUUAAUAAUGAACCUCAUGAACUUUAUUGCCUAUCAUUUAACUUUGAUUCAACAAGCCUUUUUAAAAAUUACUCAAAGAAAGUUACGAAGACGUUUUUAUUUACAAAACUUAUCUCCUGAAGAACAUACAAUAAUGGAGAAGGAGAUGAAGGAGAUGUGCAAACAAGUACAGAAAAUAUUAGGGUGA